GCUAUUCUGACUGUUUUGUCCCGUGCUAUUGUGACGAUUCUGUUCCUUGCUGUUCUCAAAGAACGCAGAAUGUAGUAAAUACGAAAACGGCGAUGGCAAUCGGUUGAUUGCAGUGCAGAGCAACGAGCACGACGGUGGGGAGACGAGGAGCAGGGCGAGGAGGAGGGCGAGGAAGGCUUUUCGAGCAUCGAUCCCGGGAGUGUCGUUGACGUGCAAAAGCAGGAGGGAGGCGAAGCGGGAGAGCCGGCGGUCCUAUCUCUCUCUUCCGUCGUAGUCGGCCGCGUGUGUUCGAGGGCACCCCGGAGUGGCGCGGGGAGCCAUGGCCGCGUGUGUGAGCAGGCACGCUUGCGCCGCCGCCGCCGCCACCGCCAAUGUUGCCGGCGCGAGUUCCGCCGCCAGGGGGUUGACAGGUGGCGAUCCACGUCUGGCGCUGGGCGCGCCGCUGCAGCGUCAGAUCUCUCGAUCUGUCGGUUGGGACGCGGCCCUGUGCACGGACGGCGGACACGUGGCGGCUGUCGGCGCCUGGAGAAGGAACUCCCUUUUCCGCGGGCAGUCAUUCAUCCGACUGGUCGGCGGACGGCUUCGCAGUUCUCCCACUCGGCGGCGCAGCUCACCUGUCGCCAGCAACGGUGCCACGCCGCCACGUGACCAGGUUGCCCCCGCCCCUGGCAAUCACACUCCCUCCACCAUUCCCCCCCUCCCCUCCUCCUCUCCUAGUAGUAAGCGCCCUCCCUACAUUCCUAAUCGGAUAGACGACCCUAAUUACGUUCGCAUCUUCGACACUACCCUUCGAGAUGGAGAGCAAUCGCCUGGCGCCAAAUUGACAAGUCCGCAGAAGCUUGAAAUCGCUCGGCUGUUAGCGAAACUCGGUGUCGACAUUAUCGAGGGUGGCUUUCCGAUCGCUUCCCCCGACGAUUUGGAGGCCGUACGAUCAAUUGCGCGGGAAGUCGGUAACCACGUGGAUGAGAAUGGAUACGUGCCUGUCAUCUGCGGACUGGCGCGCGCCAACAAAGCGGAUAUCGACGCGGCUUGGGAGGCAGUUAAGCACGCGCUUCGACCGCGCAUCCACACGUUUAUAGCGACGAGCCCCAUUCACAUGGAGUACAAGUUGAGGAAAACUCCCGACGAGGUGGUCCAGAUCGCGACGGAGAUGGUUGCAUACGCGAGGAGUCUGGGCUGUCAAGACGUCGAAUUCAGUCCGGAAGAUGCUGGAAGAUCCGACCCAGACUUCCUGUACAGAAUCUUGGGAGAAGUGAUAAAAGCGGGAGCGACAACGCUGAACAUCCCUGAUACCGUGGGCUACACGAUGCCGGAAGAAUUUGGCCGCCUGAUUGCUAAUAUCAGAGCAAACACUCCAGGGAUUGAGAAUGUGAUAAUCUCCACUCAUUGCCAGAACGACUUGGGCUUGGCAACGGCAAAUACGCUAGCGGGUGCAAAGAAUGGAGCUCGACAAGUCGAAGUGACCAUCAAUGGGAUUGGAGAACGUGCUGGAAAUGCAUCCUUGGAAGAGGUUGUGAUGGCUCUGCGAUGUCGGGGCACAGAGCAGUUUGGAGGGCUCUUCACUGGAAUUCAACCAAAGCAUAUUGCGCACACGAGCAGGAUUGUUUCAGAAUUUACAGGGAUGUCAGUCCAGCCACACAAAGCAAUCGUUGGAGCCAAUGCUUUCGCUCACGAAAGUGGAAUUCAUCAGGAUGGCAUGCUGAAGAACAAAGGAACCUAUGAAAUUAUGUCACCGGAGGACAUCGGGAUUGUACGGCACGAUGGAGUUGGUUUGGUGUUGGGAAAACUGAGUGGCCGGCAUGCACUGAAGACACGCCUCCAGCAGCUGGGCUAUGAUCUGGACACGCAGAAACUAAGUGACGUGUUCAAGCGCUUCAAGGCUCUUGCCGAUAAGAAAAAGACUGUGACCGAUGGAGAUCUGGAGGCGCUGGUGUGCGAUGAAGCUUUCCAGCCGAACAAUUUCUUCAGUCUGGUCGACCUGCAGGUUGUCUGCGGAACCAUGGGUCUUCCUAGUGCAACCGUGAAGCUGAGCUGUGCCGAUGGGCUUGAAAGGGUUGCGGUUGCUGUUGGAACUGGCCCUGUUGACGCAUGUUACAAGGCAAUCGACAACAUUAUCAGGGAGGACGUGGAGCUGACGGAGUACAGCUUGACUGCUGUGACCGAAGGCAUAGAUGCACUCGCACAGACGAGGGUGGUGAUUCGUGACAAGCUUGGGAUAGCGGACACCACACAUGCUCAGACUGGAGAAAUUUUCCCCCGAACUUUCAGUGGUAGUGGCGCAGGGGAAGACAUUGUCGUCUCGAGCGUCAGGGCUUAUAUUGGAGCCCUGAACAAGCUGCUGGCGUUCACUAAAAAGAGGCCACAAGUUAAAGUACAGGAGCAAGUAAGGGAGAAGGAGGUAGUUUGACGGUAUGUGCGGCCAACCACGGAGCGCUGCGCUCAAGUGUUUGAGUUCAUUUUUGACCGGGAGUUUAAUUUUCCAUUGUCUUGGUAACUUCCCCGCUCUCUCUCUCCUCCUCCCUCCUGGGCGAGUCGUCCUUAUCGUUUUUGACUGGUUGAUCACGCUGUGUCUUGAUGACUCUGGCACAGCAGUGUCUAUCGGUGUUCAUCUUUCAACACAGUUGGCAGCAUCAGAACACUUCAGACAAGCCCAUGGACAUCUUAAUGGUCAUACUGUCCCUUCCCCUGCUCACCCCCCCCCCCCCCCCCUCUCCCCUCCCUUCCCACUUCUUCUGGGCCCGCUCUUCCGGGCCCGCAGAAGCAGUUCUCACUGCUGUAUACAUGUGCUAGUUCUGAACAUGCUGUGUUUACAAGAAUGAGGCAAGUGCGGAAGAAUCAUCUGUGAGAGAUCUGAGUCUUCUGCAGCUGGGUAUCCCCCCAUUGUUUUUUUCACGCCCCCAAAUGAUUGUUCCUCCGUUACGAUGUUUGUGCUUUGCUUUCCUUAUGACUGAAAUGGAUCGCAGGGCAAGGGGGAGGGAAGGGACCUGUGGAGAGGAGGUUGGCUGGUAGUGGUGGGUGGGAUGGGUGCAUCAUCCAUACAAGUCAGUGAAGUGAAAGCUACUUGCCUGUUCAUGUCAUACAAAUUCAGUGGACACGGUUGCACACAAUCACAGGGGAACGAGUUUCGUAAUCAACCUCGACAUCAUGU